AAUUCUCCGUUCCGCGAUGUAGGUUGCUGGAAGAUAAUUUUUCAUAACACAAUACAUAAUUACAAUUCAUAUUACUACUAAAACUACAAUAUCAGAAAAUAGUGGGUAGCGCCGUUGUAUAACAGUGGGCGCCGCCGCCAAAGUUACUGGUAAAAUAGGUUAUUUCAGUUUGGGGUCAGUGCACAACAAACGCUAACCAAGCAUUACUAUCGCAAAUAAUCGGCAAAAUAAUCAAUCAGAAUGGGUGUACCCAAGUUCUUCAGGUACACAAGUGAGAGGUACCCUUGCCUCAACGAGCUGGUGAAGCAGUAUCAGAUACCAGACUUUGACAACAUGUACUUAGACAUGAAUGGAAUCAUACAUAACUGUUCGCAUCCCGACGACUCAAACCCACACUUCCGUAUAACGGAAGAGAAAAUAUUCCAGGACAUAUUCCAUUACCUCAGCAUACUGUUUCAAAUUAUUAAGCCUAAGAAAUUGUUCUUUAUGGCUAUUGACGGAGUUGCUCCGAGGGCUAAGAUGAACCAGCAAAGAGGGAGGAGGUUUAGAUCUGCAAGGGAAGCAGAAAAAUUGGAACAGGAAGCUAGAGAAAAAGGUGAGGUGCUACCAACGGAGAAGCGUUUCGACAGCAACUGCAUCACGCCGGGCACCGUCUUCAUGGCGCGGCUGCACGAGCAGCUCAAGUACUUCAUCAAGUACAAGAUGUCCACUGACCCUCUGUGGUCUAAAGUCAAGGUCGUGCUGUCUGGACAUGAGACGCCAGGAGAAGGCGAGCACAAAAUAAUGGACUACAUCAGGUGGUCCCGUUCUCAACCGGACUACGAUCCCAACACGAGACAUUGUCUAUACGGGCUCGACGCCGACCUCAUUAUGUUGGGGAUGUGUACCCAUGAGCCGCACUUCGCCUUGCUUAGAGAAGAGGUAAAAUUCGGCAGAUCAACACAGCGCGCCACCAGUCCCGAAGAGACUAAUUUCUACCUCCUACAUUUAUCUCUUUUAAGAGAAUAUUUAGAACAAGAGUUUAUUUCUCUGAAGUCCCAGCUGCCCUUUCCUUACGACAUAGAGAAGAUUGUCGAUGACUGGGUACUGAUGGGGUUCUUAGUGGGCAACGAUUUUAUUCCUAACUUGCCCAAUAUGCAUAUUAGUAAUGAUGCCUUGCCCGUUUUAUAUAAGACUUAUAUGACUGUGCUGCCUACUUUAGAUGGUUACAUAAACGAGGCAGGAGAUUUAAACCUGCGUAGAUUCGAGGUGUUCAUGCAGGAACUAGCCAAGAUCGACAAGGAGAAGUUCCAGGACACGUACGCUGAUCUCAAGUACUUUGAGGCCAAGACUGGGAGACGGCCUAAUGCUAAUGAGAGGAGAGAGUACAAACCCAACAAUGACGAUACGUUCAACGUGAAUAUAGAAGACAUCAAGUCUAAUAAACCAGACGAUGAGCUGCAAGCUCUAAUCAAUGCUACACAAGACAUGUUCAUGGAUGAUAUGGACAAUGAUAAUGAAGACGAGUAUGAAGAAACUAGUGAUGAGGAAGCAAAUAUGGAAAUGGAAUUCAUUCUACACAAAAAGGAUUAUUACAUGAAUAAAUUAGACUAUUCGAAAGUUACAGAGGAAGUAUUAGCCGACCAAGCAGAGGGGUACGUCCGUGCUAUACAGUGGAACUUGCACUACUACUACAAAGGAUGUCCGUCGUGGUGCUGGUACUACCCCCACCACUACGCCCCCUAUAUAUCGGAUAUUAAAGGGUUUAAGGACUUGAAGAUUGAAUUUGAGCUGGGAGACCCUUUUAAGCCUUUUGAACAGUUGCUAGCAGUGUUGCCAGCAGCAAGUAAACAGUUACUCCCGGCGCCGUUCCACGAUCUUAUGACAGAUGAAGACUCGCCCAUAGUGCACUACUACCCACAGAACUUUGAGACUGAUCUCAAUGGCAAGAGGAAUGAUUGGGAAGCUGUAGUUCUUAUUCCUUUUAUUGAUGAGGUGAAUCUACUAUCGGCAAUGGAGCCUUGCUAUCAGAGGUUGACAGAAGAAGAGAAGAAACGUAACUCACACGGACCAAUGAUGGUCUAUAACUGGACACCACAGAACCAAGGAGUAACCCUAGCCCCGGAUUACUUCCCGGCGAUCCCCGAAUGCUUCGCAAUCGAGAGACAAGUGUGGAGACAGGAGAUCGAAGUCCCCGGCAGUAUGCUGCGGAGGGGGAUGCUACCCAAUGCCAAGAGAGACAUGUUGUAUCCUGGAUUUCCUACUAUGAGGCAUUUGAAGUAUCAGACAAGCUUCAAGAAAGGCAAAGUAAAAGUGUUCGACCAGCCGUCUCGCAACGAGAACAUGAUCGUCGAGAUAAUCCGCGACACUGAACAGCAGGACUCGCUGGAGAAGGUGGCGCAGGAGUUGCUCGGACGCACGAUUUGGGUGGGAUGGCCACAUCUUACUAGGGCUAAAGUAAUAUCAGUGUCGGAUGAGAAGAUGCGUUUACACUACGUAGAUAAACAGAACAACAAUGUGAAUGGGGCGCCUACGUACACGACUGAGGCUAACUUCGGUAACCUGCACAAACAGUGGAUCAGCGAGAGAUCUACUAUUAUUGAACACAAUAUGAAUCGUCUUGGAAUCGAAUUGGGAGAUGUGAAGAUCAUCAUCCAUGCAGUCAAUUUGAAAGGUUUCAAAUACAUGAUCCAAGAUAACGUAUCAAUGGUCCAGGAACCUGAAUGGUGCAGUGUUCCGUGUGGUUACGCUCACCAAGCCGUGGUGAAGGACGUGCGGGCACACGUCAUACAGGAGGGCGGCAAGUUCAGCACCCCGCAGGAGGCAUACCCGCCCGGGGACACUGUGUUCUUGUUGACUCAGGGACAGCAUUACGGGAGUUUAGCUACGGUGGUAGACUCGGAAUCCGUCAGGUCCGGUCGUAUCAAGGUGAUGGUGCGUGAGCGAGGCGAGCCGAUCCCUUCAGCUAACGCCGCCGCCACGCCAUACCGCACCGCCAACCAUGCCGCCGCUGCUUGCGGUAUAUCAGCGCAGAUGAUGUCCCGCAUCACGGGCACAGUGCUGGUGGUGACGGGCGAGCGACACGACAUGCCCACUGAACAACUCAACAAGAUCAACAUUGGAUUGAACCUCAAGUUUAAUAAGAAGAACCUAGAAGUAUCAGGCUAUACUCGUCGCUGUAAGGUAACCAACGCGUGGCUGUACUCGGAGCGAUGCAUCGAACUCGUCAAGUCGUACGAGCGAGAGUUCCCGGACCUGUUCGAUAGUUUGGGCUCGGGACUCAAUAGGGACGUCUACUUUGAAAGUGAUCUGUUCCCUGGUGAAGUUGGCAAAAACAAGGCCCAAGACAUAGCCCAAUGGAUAAAAGCGCAGCCCCACACUAGGGCUCUGCGUCGUGAAUGUGGCUCCGAAGCCCUAGAGCCUGAGGAGAUGAAGUUAUUAGCUGAUAGCCUGGACAAACAGCUGGUGGAACUCGCCGGCAAGGAGAAGAAGGUCACCCUGCAGGUUAAAUGGAACCUGCUGUAUAAGCCGGAGCUCCACUGCGGCAACAUAUCCCCGGACCCUCGCGCCGACUUCCGCCUCUACGACCGCGUCAUCUGCGUGGCUCGUCACAUGUCUGUGCCGCUCGGCGCCGCCGGCACCAUCACUGCUGUGCUACCCCCGCCCAAUACCAACACAGUCCGGCUGUCGGACAAACUGAAUGCCGAUCAUUCGUACAUGGUGAUGUUCGAUAAACCCUUCCCUGGUGCUAUGAGUGAAGAUCUCUUUGAUGAGGCCAGGUUUUAUAGAUUAUCGCCGAACAACAUGCUGAACUUAUCCUACGGUCGUAAACUCCGCGGUCUGUCGAACCCGGCGCCGCCGGCCGAUAGCUUCCUGCCGCAAGCCAGCCCGCAGCCCAACCUACUGCGUCGCGACGACGGACACCACUCCGCCUUCGCUAACUAUAGCCCACCGGCAGAUAAGGCCGUGUCUCCGGAUAAUCGCAACCACGUUGCCAACGCCCCGCCUAGCAACGGACCUCCUACACAGGACAAUGCCACACACCUACUUAGAAGCUUGUUGAAGAUCAGCGAAACAGAUGCUGAUAAUAAAAAACCCAAGACGACGACGCCAGAACAGAAUCGCAAUUGGCGCGUAAAGAAUGAAAACCCACUGCUUCACCCGCAACCGCCGCGAGGGCCGCCGCAGCCGCAGAACUGGCGCAAGGAGACCGCGCCGCACAUGAACGCGCCGCGACCUCCGCCCACCUACACCGCGGAAUGGAAUCAUACCUAUAAGAGUCAACCGCCCAUCCCUCCAUACCCAACCUUCGGCCAGCCUUUCCAAGGUCCAGGUCCCAGCCAGAUUCCUUUCCCCCAGUUCCAAAACCCUCAUUUCCAACAGCGCAACCAGUUCACGUACCGCAACCAGGAUAACCAGCGCAACAACCAGCCGAGAACGUUCGAGAACCCCUUCCCCAAACAUUUGCCGAGUGUUGGCGCCGUUGGACCCAAUGUCACGUUGGGGCCAAGUUGGAACCAACCUAAUAGUCAAGUUAAAACACAGAACACAAAGCCACCGCCGCCGGCCGCCAACAAGCAAGCCGCUGCGCCCGCGCAGAACAACGCCGACAAAGUCAACAAUCCCUUCGUGCCGCUACAAGUGCAGACUAGUCAGAGACGUGUGUCACAGCCGAGCGGUUCAUCCAACAGACGAGACUCGGGACAAAUUCAGGCGCCCAAGUCUACAUUACCGAAGCCGCAGCCUUCUAACACACCCAUUGUACAACAAAACCAGGAUCCGACACCGCGGCCUAUGAAGAAGAAAAAGCCCAGAAUAGCGGCCAACCUGCCUUUCCAAAUAGACUAAAUUAUUGUUAAUAUAGUCUAACAUAACGUUAUUCAAACUGCUUAUAGUGCAGGCUGUAUGCGUAUAGAUUCCUUGGAACAACUCUCACAGACGGGUAACUUUUUGACAUAAACGUAAAAAAAAACUGCCAUCAGUAAGCGAAUCGAAUCGUUUCGCGUUUAUAGGAAGGCAAGACUAAGUGCCAAGUGCAUUUCUAGUAAGAACUUACUAAUUUAGUUGUGUAAAAAGAGAAUUACACUUUAUAUCGGGUGUGUCGUUCACAAUCACAUUAAAUUCUAUCGCAUAUACUUUAUGAUAAUCUAUGGCGAAUUGUAAA